AUGAGUCGCGUGCAAUCGUUAGAUGAUCGCGAUAGUAAGCGACGGUCGAGCACGAAACCUGCCGCACUAACACCGCUGCACCUAGCAACGGUGGCCGCCCUGCCGGCCACGGUAACGGACGCAACCGGUCGGUUUGUGACGACACUCAACCACACGCACGCAGCCGUCCCCACGACCGCCGCCAACUUCUUCAACCUGAUCGACUCGCUCGAGCUCACGACGCGCUCCCGAAGCGUCCCCAGCCUAGCGGCCAGUGCUGCCAGCAUUGGCAGUGCCGCAUCCCAUGUGGUCGGCGGCCGAAGCCGUACGCUAGCGGCGCUGUCGGCUAACGUCAGUGAGCUGGUGGAAGCCGGUAGCGGACGUGCGUACGAUCCAGCACUGUACGACGAUGGUCGAUCGCUGUACGAUCCGCUGGCGGCUGCGACGAUCACCACAGUCAGCAUCGGCAACACCACGGUCCAACCGGCAACCGUGUUCGGCCCGCGGCCAGGCGUCACCGACGGAAGUGUGCUCAUCGGUAGUGGCACCAGCGCGGCCACCACACUCGUGGUGGAUCUGGUCGGCACCGUCGAUCCGACUGCCCGCCAGCUUGAGCUGCCGAGCGCGAUGGAUGAACACUUCCUUAUCGCCAACUGGCAGGACUGUGUCGUUGUGAUACUGUUCUGCCUGCUAAUCGUAGUGACUGUGAUCGGUAACACGCUCGUCAUACUGUCCGUGAUCACGACACGCCGUCUACGCACCGUUACCAACUGCUUCGUCAUGAGUCUGGCCGUGGCCGAUUGGCUCGUCGGCAUUUUCGUCAUGCCGCCGGCCGUCGCCGUCCAUCUGAUGGGCUCCUGGCAGCUCGGAUGGAUUCUGUGUGAUAUAUGGAUCUCAUUAGACGUACUUCUAUGUACAGCAUCAAUUCUUAGCCUCUGUGCCAUUAGUAUAGAUAGAUAUCUAGCCGUAACGCAACCAUUAAAUUAUUCCCGUCGCCGGCGCUCGAAACGGCUGGCGCUGCUGAUGAUCCUGGUCGUAUGGGUGCUGGCACUGGCCAUCACAUGUCCUCCGAUUCUCGGAUGGUACGAACCGGGCCGUCGGGAGCUGGACCAGUGCCGCUACAACCAAAACGAAGGCUACGUUGUCUUCUCGGCCAUGGGCUCGUUCUUCAUCCCGAUGACGGUGAUGGUGUACGUGUACGUACGGAUAUCAUGCGUUGUCGCCUCCCGGCACGAUAAGAUGACGGAAAUCGAAGUCCACAAGAAAAGUCACCGAGUGCGGGAACCGGAGGAGGAUGGCUACCAGUCCGAGCAGGACCCGAUCCCGCUGAGCCCCAAGCGAAAGCGUUCCUCGUCGCAGCUUUCCACCGCCACCACGACGUACGUCGCCCAGCUGGGCCCGAUGCUCGACGAGGGCGUGGGGGCCGGCCAGCCACCGAAACCGGCCGGCAAGCGAAACAACCACAAGCACGGGCACUACGAGCUGAUGGACCUGAACACGACCGGUGGCAGUACGCAGAGCCAAACCACAAUCCUUGCUGCAGCGGGCAACGGUACGGGAGGGCCGACCGGCGAUACUUCAACCGCUUCUGCUGCUGCUGAAGGGCAUCAUCAUCAUCAGGAGCAGCUGCGACAGCGGACGUACGAUGAUGGAACGAGCCUUGACGCGAUUGUCGAUGAUCCGGCCGUCGUGCUAGCGGGCCCUGGCAGUGGCAGUACCGAGAGCAACACUAGCACCGCCGCUACGACUGCCGCGCCCGUCUCUGCCUCGGUCAAUUACAACAAACUUCCAUCGACAGCCGAGCUCUGGUCGUCCGGCAAUAGCGUUUUCAAUCAGCAAAGCCACAAACCACAAUCCCAUUCGAUGGCGAGCUUUGCCGGGGCGGCCGGUGCCGGCUCACCGCCGAACCAUUCGCAGCACUUCCACCAUCACCAUCACCACCACCAUCAUCACCAUCACCACCAUCACGAGGGUCGCCCGACGGCGGCACUGGCAGCGGCGACGGGCGGGCUGCGGCGUAACAACACGGUCAACACUUCUAUCACGACGUCGACCUGCAGCUCGGUGCAGCUGGUCGGCGGGCGAACCGGCGGCAACAACAUCCGCAUCCACCAGAAGUCCCUCUCCUCCCGCAUCUCGUCGAUGAAGCGCGAGAACAAGACGACCCGCACGCUCAGCAUCGUGGUCGGUGGCUUCAUUGCCUGCUGGCUGCCGUUCUUCAUCCACUACAUCAUCACGCCCUUCCUCCCGAAGGACUGGACCGUGCCGAAGCUGAGCGAGUUCUUUACCUGGCUCGGCUGGAUUAACAGUGCCAUCAAUCCGUUCAUCUACGCCUUCUACAGCGUUGACUUUCGGGCCGCCUUCUGGCGAUUGACGCUGCGGCGGUUUUUCCGCAACAGCGAGAAGGCCCCGUUCGCCAACAUUCACAACCUUUCGAUGCGCGCGCGAUGAGAGGCAGGAUGCUGUUUCCUCUCCCCUUUGCUACCGGGACACUCUUUUCCUCAGUGCGUAUGUGCCUGUGUGCGUGCGUGUGUGUGAGUAUGAUUGAUUGUGAGCGAUAAGGGGACGCGGGGUGCACCAUUCCCUUGGGCGUCAUCCAGCGGGUUGCAAAUUCGAACUACAAUGGGCGACGGAAUUCGCAACGGCUGGACGGAAAAAUGACCGAUUGGCGUGAUCACGAUAUCCGGUUUGGUCAAAUGGGCAAUGACCAAACGGGGACGUGAGUGAGUGAACGAUAACAUAAAAAAUAGAGUUAUAGAACAAAUGAGAGAGAGAGAGAAAGAGAAAGAGAGAGAGAGUGAUCCUGCAGGCAGGCUUUCUAUUUGUUAUUAUUUUUUGUUGUUCUAUUAUUCCUGUACGAGAUUAGUCGUUGUUAUCUUGGGUCACAAUGUCGAAGAGGUCAAACAAUUGUGAGUAGGAUAAGUAGUUCAAUUGAAGUCGUUAUUAGGUACAUUACAGCUGCUUUUAAAUGUUCAUAUUUAAGGCAAUCGAAUCAUUGUUAAAUGAGCUUUUGUUGGCUUGAUAUUAGGCAUUCGAAUGGAAACCAUUAAAACUUAUUAUCAAGGCCUUUAA